GCCCACCAGAAGGAGCUGGCCACGCAGCUGAACGAGGACGCGCGGCGGCGCCUGACGGAGCAGCGCGGGGAGCAGCAGACCCAAAAGGCGCGCAAGUCCAACGUGUCGUACAAGAGCGCGGCGCUGCUGCCCAAGGAGCCGCACGUGCGCGAGAUGAAGAUCUACAUCGACAAGAAGUACGAGAGCGUCAUCAUGCCGGUCUUCGGCAUCGCCACGCCCUUCCACAUCGCCACCAUCAAGAACAUCAGCAUGUCCGUGGAGGGCGACUACACCUACCUGCGCAUCAACUUCUUCUGCCCGGGCAGCGCGCUGGGCCGCAACGAGGGCAACAUCUUCCCCAACCCCGAGGCCACCUUCGUCAAGGAGAUCACCUACCGGGCGUCCAACCUGAAGCCGCCGGGCGAGUCGACGGUGCCGGCGUUGAACCUGCAGAACGCGUUCCGCAUCAUCAAGGAGGUGCAGAAACGCUACAAGACGCGCGAGGCCGAGGAGAAGGAGAAGGAGGGCAUCGUCAAGCAGGACUCGCUGGUCAUCAACCUCAACCGCAGCAACCCCAAGCUGAAGGAUCUCUACAUCCGGCCCAACAUCGCCCAGAAGCGCAUGCAGGGCGCGCUGGAGGCGCACGUCAACGGCUUCCGUUUCACCUCGGUGCGGGGCGACAAGGUCGACAUCCUCUACAACAACAUCAAGCACGCCGUGUUCCAGCCCUGCGACGGCGAGAUGAUCAUCGUGCUGCACUUCCACCUCAAGAACGCCAUCAUGUUCGGCAAGAAGCGGCACACGGACGUGCAGUUCUACACCGAGGUGGGCGAAAUCACCACGGAUUUGGGCAAGCACCAGCACAUGCACGACCGCGACGACCUCUACGCCGAGCAGUCCGUUUCUGUUGAUUUUGGGUCCGUUUUUGCUGAUUUUGGGUCCAUUUCUCUGGAUUUUGGCUCCCUCCUGAUUUUGGGUCAAUUCCCGGGGAUUUUGGGUCCCCCCAGGUUCAACGGCGCCCCCUACCGCAGCACCUGCCUCCUGCAGCCGACCAGCAGCGCGCUCGUCAACUGCACCGAGUGGCCCCCCUUCGUGGUGACCCUGGACGAGGUGGAGCUGAUCCACUUCGAGCGCGUGCAGUUCCACCUGAAGAACUUCGACCUGGUCAUCGUCUACAAGGACUACGCGCGCAAGGUGACCAUGAUCAACGCCAUCCCCGUGGCCUCGCUCGACCCCAUCAAGGAGUGGCUCAAGUGA